AACAACAUAAAUAUUGUAGGUUUCGAUUUUCAUAGAUGCCGUAGGUCAUAGUUAUCAAAAUGGUUCUCAGGAAUGCAUUGCGCCUUAUAUUUCCAAAAUUAAGCAAUACGAAACAAUUUUGUUCUCAAAAGAGGUUAUUCAGUUUGAUUAACGAGAACAAGGAUAGGUUAUAUUAUAUCGCUGGUAGUAUAGGAGCAGGAGUAACGUUAUUAAUUUUCAGUGACAAACUUCAAAAAUUCGGUACUAGACGUGAUAUUGGAUUAGUACAUGCUAAUCAGCAUUCUAAGAAUACUAAAGAUGAAGACAUUCAGAUGUCGCAAUUAACUCAAAGAGAGCGAAGGUUCAUAAAAUUUGCAUCUGUGGAGUAUGAUGGACAACUGUACAUGACACCACAAGACUUUUUAGAUUCUGUCACAGAAAGUGAUCCACGACCUAGACUUAAACGAAGGGUGUUAUCAAAGAAGGAGCUUCAUUCGCUAUAUGAUAGUACUCCUCCUCGACGCAAGGGUAGCACGAAUUUGUUUCGUUCUUUGCAUGACAAAGGCAUAAUAUCUUAUACUGAAUAUCUGUUUCUACUGUCUGUUUUAACCAAACCUCAGUCAGGGUUUCGAAUUGCUUUUAACAUGUUUGAUACAGAUGGAAAUCAAAGAGUGGAUAAAAAAGAAUUCCUUGUGGUUCUACACCUUUUAGUAAAAUCUUUUUUUAAAAGAACUGCUGAAACUAUAGGACUUUACUCAGGUGUACCUCCUGCAGUUCUGGAAAAAAUAUUUAGCACAGUUGCAAGAAAAGGAAAUAUGUUACGACGGAAAGAUCGAUCUAAUAGUGAUGAAGAUGCUGAUUUUGAUACUGUUGAUACUACAUUGUUAAUUCACCUAUUUGGUAAAAAAGGAAACGAAGAUCUCAGUUAUGAUGAUUUUUACAGGUUUAUGGAUAAUUUACAGACUGAAGUUUUAGAAUUGGAGUUUACAGAAUUUUCAAGAGGAAUGCCGACAAUAUCAGAAGUUGAUUUUGCUCGAAUUUUACUUCGCUACACACUUGUGCAUAGCAGUGAUUAUGAAGCUUACAUAGAGAGAGUUCAUGAACGAAUUCCAGAUGAAAAGGGCAUAUCAUUCGCUCAAUUCAAAGCAUUUUGUCAAUUUCUGAAUAAUCUGGAUGAUUUUUCUAUAGCUAUGAGAAUGUUUACAUUUGCCAAUAGACCUAUUUCUCAAGAGGAAUUUCAUCGUGCUGUAGCAAUAUGUACUGGUCAUAGUUUAGAUGCCAACUUAGUCAAUGCUGUAUUUCAAAUCUUUGACGAAGAUGGAGAUGGUCAAUUAUCGUACAAAGAAUUCAUUGCUAUUAUGAGAGAUAGGCUGCAUAGAGGAUUCAAGUCUCAUCUAGUGAAAACAGAAGGAUGGGAAGCUUUCAAGUCAUGUGUUAAAACAGAAAUGAAAAAUUAAGUAAAAGACUUGGAUUACAGAUAGGUACACACGUCAGUGUUAAUGUUCAGAAUAGUGUGCAUGUAUUUUAUGUCUAUGUAAAUGAGUUAGUUGCCUCCUGUUUACUGGUUAUUUGUAUUUUUAAAGACACGUUGUUGAAUUCCUGAAAGAAUUGUUAAAUUCAGUAAGUUCUCUUAAUGUUGUUUAGCAAUUGUAUUAAAUGUGCCUUGCAUUAUUCAAGUUAUUUAUAACCGUACUUAAAAAUAAUUUCAUCAUAAGUUAUUGCAGUUUCACUGUAUGUUUUGAAACAUUUCAUUUGGAUGAAUUGCUAGUUUGUUGCCAUAUGCUUGUCAUUUGCAUUGUUAAAUGGAAAUCUGAGGUUUGUUUAGAUUACAUUCUGAACAUUAAUAGUUAGAUCUUGGAAGUAUGUUAUAUGGAAAUGUAUUCGAUUGUCAUAGUUUGAUUAUUACUAUAUAAAAAAUAAUUAAAUUUAAAUCUUAUACUCUAAAAUAAUAUAGGAAAUGCAUACUUUAUAGCUUUUAAUCAUUCUAAAUUUUAAUUCAGAAAUUAUAUUUCAUCAUCAAAUGUGCCUAUAUACAUGCAUGACAAUUUUGCUUGUAUGUUUUUUUACUACCACCAUCUCAUAUUGAAAAUACGAAAAAAAAGCAUUAUAAACAUGCUAAUUAUCGAAAAAUGAGCUUCAUGAAUUGAAAAGUGCGUAAAAUUAGCCUUGCAAAUCCACUGAUAGUGAGAUUUUGAUUUCAGCAAUAAGAAUCAAGAUGACCUUAUUUGAAUCAUGACUUCCAGAUCGUUUUAAGCAUCUUUCAAGUAAUGUUUAAAAAAUCAUAUUGUUAAUAAAAUUAUUGUUAAUUGUUAUUAAUAAAAUUAUUGUUAAUAAAAUCAAAAAUCGUUUCUAAAACAUAUAUUGUUUAGCUUCUGUGAUUUUUACAAUAAAUGAUAUGAUCUGUAAUUUCGCAUAAGAAUGAAAUGAUUGUGAUUUUAAUAAUACAUAAAUUAAUACUCAAACAUCAUAGUUGGGUUUUACAUAGGCUGAUAUUUAAAACAUUGCUAUAUUUUAGAACACAAACUGUAUAUUAUGAAGAGUUUUGUACCUUUUUCAUUUCAAAAAAGCAAAAAAGAGGUUUUCAUUAGAUUUUUAAGGGAAGUAUCAAUAUAUCUGUCAUAAUAAAAUUAACGGAGUUUUAUUUAAUAAAGUCUUUGGAUUAAAAUGAUAGAAAUUCCUUGUUUUCUUUUUUAAACGAGAGAAGGAAAUAAUGAAUGAUGUAAAUCAAAGUAAUCAGCGACUGUUUAUGAAAAUAAGUGGUAUCUUUAUUUCGUGUUAUUUUCCUUUGUUUAAAAAAGUUUUUCACAAACUUAAUUAAUGUAAACUUCUAUUGCCUUCCAUAUUGAGUAUUCAUUAUUGAAUUUCUGCAUACAUUAUAGAUAGAUAGAUACUUUGAAAAAAUUAAUUGAAUAAUUCAAUUCAGUUCAAAUGUUUUGCAUAAGUAAAAAUGGAAGCAAUAAUUGAUACCUCGGAUAUAUUUUCAAAGAACGUUUCUCAUCUGUGAAUGUUAUGAUAAGUGCCUGUUUCAUUAUUCAUUGAAAAUAACCUAUAGAUCAAAUAUGUGAUUGAAUGACUUUCACUGUAUAAAGUUGGACUGUCUUUGUAUUGUAUUCAUUUGUUAUAUUUUUUAUGUUUAGAGCAUUAUAGAAUUCAUCUUAUAAAUUAGAUAGGAAAUUAUGAGCAAUUCAAUCAUAUAAAGUUUCUUAUUUAGACUAGUAGAAUUGAAAGAUUCUAAACUUAUGGCAAAAAUGUAUUAGCACAUUUUGCGCCCAUUACAUUCAAGUAUGCCUUUUCUGUAGUAUGUAGAUGGUAGAUUUGGCCCAAAAUGUGUUAAACUGUAUCAUCUAAGCUAAUACUUUUGGUGCUUGUCUUCCCAUAUAGGAUAAAAUCCUUAACUUCCUUGCAUUGUUACAUAUCAGUUGCUUAAUAGAGAUGGGCAAAGUGACAUUUAUUGAUAUAGGAUCUGAUAUAUAUUAUGAACUUUCUAAAUAAGACAUCUUUUUAUUUGUAAUAAAUUUAUUGCAAACAAUAUAUUGCAUAUUUUAUAUAUGGGUCAGUUAGGAUAAUUGGAAACAAGUUUUGCAGACUUUGUAAUUUUCUUCGAUUUGAAAUAAUCAUAUAAGAUGGGAAAUGAGCCUGUAAUUUAUGUGAAUGCAUAAUCCUAUUCAGAAGAGCUCAUUAAGCAAUACUUUUUCCCAAAUUAAUUUAUUAAUUAACCAGACUCAAGUACAGCAAAUUCAUGAUUACACUGACCAGUUUCUGAAUACACCAGGGACUACGGAAUAAUUGGGAACAUCUCUGAUCAUAGAAAAAAACUAAUUUGAAGAGAAUAUAUUUAAAACAUUUAGAAAUUAUUGCUUAUUGCCUCAGAAUUUAUUUUCCUAACAGCUCCAAAGUAUUUUUUUUAUUGUUUUUCAAUUAAAAUAUAUUCUAUUUCAUGGAAUAUUGCUUAUAAGCUAUCAUAAUUAUUUUAUAACUUUACUUUGAAGUAAUUUAUAAUUAUUCUAUCUUCAGUUUUAUUGAGAAAAUUGGGAAACAAACCUUUAUAAAAACCAAAAUUACUAGAUUUUAUGAGGCACGAGAAUUAAAUAUCUAAGAUUUAGAAAUGUACUUUAAAAUGAGUAAGUACUAGUAGUAAAGAGUAGAGUUCACACUUCAGGUAGAACGUUUAAUUACCAACGAACAUUUAUACUAUCUAAAAAAAUUAUUUAUGUGAAAGAAUCUGGUAGAAUAACUUUCACGUGGUUGUCGGAAAUCGCAAACUAUUAUUAACAACCUAAACAAAUUUUGAUUUAAUCAAAUUGGUGCUCUUCAAACCUAUCGCAUUCAAUUGACGACCGUCAACUCCAUCAAUCUCUCUGACUUAAGAAUAAGAGGUUUUCAUUCCAGUAACUUCAACAUAAUCAAUCAAAAUAUAAAUAUUUGUUGAAAUAUCAAAAAUGAAUUAUAUGAGGUAAUUUUUACCGUCUUUCCAAUCUCCAUUAAUUUUAAUAUAACUUAUUAUUGUAAAAUAAGUUAUUUCAAAUGCUCUAAAAAUACAUGUUUUUAUUACUGUAAAAGCCUAUUCCUAAUUACCCAAAAUGAAAAUUGUCGAAAGCAAUAUAAAGCAUUAUCCAGUUUCUCGAGAGAAAAUCCAAAAAUGAAAAUUGUACUCAUAACCUUUAUAUCCUACAGGUUCAAGAAAUAUAUACAACUUACCUUGCAAAUAACUGAUGUGGGAGGGGGGAAUAAUGACUCUUUAGAAAGUUUUAGUUUCACUUUUUUUUAAAAACUUAACAAGGCUGCAAUUAAAGUAAACAAACAUUAAAGGAUAACAUCGAAAAAAGCGAGAAUGUGUUGUUAGUCUUCCUCUAGAGUGCCUUAAAAAGGUACAUGCGUUCCACCUGGCUAAGGUUUCACCGGUGCGUUCCGUGAUCACCAUUCUCAAUUACUCCUCGUUUCCAAUUACCCAUUUUGAUCCUACCUGAUUUUGUUUCUAAUUUGAAACAGUUAUCAUGUGAAAUACUGGCAUUUAUUGAUGCUUUUAAUACGCGCAGUGAGUAGAAAUUUUCAUGCAUUUGCAUAUAGUGAUUUCUGUGCUCAAAAUAUUGUGUUAUAUAGUUGCCUAUAGUGAUUUCUGUGCUCAAAAUAUUGUGUUAUAUAGUUGCCUUAGUCUACAUAUUUAGGACCUGGAUGCGUGAUCGUGCACUUUUAUGUAUAAAAAAUAUGAAAUACGAAUUCCUCCCUGUUGAGAUUAAUAUUUUUAGAAUCGAACUAUAUACGAUUGUUGGCUUAUUCAUUGUUUAAAAAGUGACACAAUAUUGUUGGUUCAGCGCGAGAAGUGUAGCUAGAUAUUAAAUUCUUGUAUACGCCGAUUUUUUUUUCUUUGGGGUCUAUUAUUUUCGUUGUUUCGAAAUUUAUAAAUUCAUCUGCAAAAAUUGAAUUUUCUGAAAUAAACUUUAUUCAUUUAUAUUGCUUUGAUUACUGAUAAUUAUUCCAAAUUUGAUUAUCUUGAUCUUUACCUGAUGACUUCGAUAUUUGUGUAAUGUUUUAUCUCUCAAAAUAAAA